CAUUAUCAAGAUUAGAAUCAACACAAAGCAUUAGUCUCAGAAACAAACAUCAAAUCCUCCAUUUCCACGCUCAUCCAAAAAAACACGACAAUGGCUCUGAUUCCUAGCAUUUUCGGCAGUCGAAGGAGCAACAUUUUCGAUCCCUUUUCUCUAGAUAUCUGGGACGCUCUUGAGGGUUUUCCAUAUUCCAGCGCUCUCGCCAAUACACCAUCCUCUGCGCGCCAAGUCUCUUCAUUGGUCAGCACCAGGAUUGACUGGAAAGAGACCCCAGAAGCUCACAUAUUCAGGGCGGAUCUUCCUGGGCUGAAGAAGGAAGAGGUGAAGGUGGAGGUGGAAGAAGGGAGAGUGCUACAGAUAAGUGGAGAGAGGAGUAAGGAGCAAGAGGAGAAGAACGACAAGUGGCACAGGGUGGAGAGGAGAAGCGGCAAUUUCCUGAGGAGGUUCAGGUUGCCGGAGAACGCAAAGAUGGAUGAGGUCAAGGCUAGUAUGGAGAAUGGUGUGCUGACCGUGACCGUCCCGAAGGAGGAGGAAAAGAAGCCUGAGAUCAAGGCUAUUGAAAUCUCUGGCUAGAUGCUAUCUUUCCACGCAUCUCUGCUUUUUGUCUCUCCUUAGAAGUUGUGAAAAGAAAUCAUAGUAUCAUACUAUUGCUGUCUAAAAUGUAUGACAUUCUAAAAUUUUCAAUAGCUUUGUUAUCUUCAAAUUGUGUGAAUACAAAAUAACACAAAAU